AGACUUGUCUAAUAACAAACAAAACCAACAAAAAAAAAACAUACAAAUCAAAUCAUGAAUUCUAACAAAUAUUUUUCAGCUUUGUUUGUGAUAAUCACACUUGGUUUGAUCUCAGCUGUUUCUUGCCAAGACUUAAGUUGCAACUACUACGACAAAGAUUGCGAGAAUUUUGAAGAAAUUGUCGCCAAGAAAGUAUGGGAAUGGUUUAAAAAGGACAAAACCAUUGCUGCUAGCCUUAUAAGGUUGCAUUUCCAUGAUUGCGCUGUCCGGGGAUGUGAUGCGUCGAUCCUAUUGGACUACCCGGGAAGUGAGAAAUGGGCCACAUCUAGCAAGACAUUGAGAGGAUAUGAAGUAAUUGAUGACAUAAAGGCAACACUAGAGAAGAAAUGCCCAAAUCUUGUGUCUUGUGCAGAUAUUCUGACAGCUGCAGCAAGAGAUGCCACCGUUUUAGUUAAAGGUCCAUAUUGGUCUAACGAGUAUGGAAGGAAAGACGGUCUUAUUUCUGUUGCCCAAGAAGCUGAUGAUCUUCCUAAUGGCAGAGAAGAUGUUACUACCCUUAUUGAGUUUUACCAAGCUUUAGGAUUGAACAUGCUUGACAUGGUUGUGCUUUCAGGAGCACACACCAUCGGAAGGAGUACAUGUGGAGCUAUUAAAAACAGGCUAUCAAGGUACGAUGAAAAUGGAAAGCUACACUCUACAAUAAUGGCUCCAACAUACUUGAACUACUUGAGAAGGAAAUGUAAGAACGAUACCAAUUAUGUAGACCUUGAUGCAAGAACACCAUACACAUUCGACAACGAAUACUACAAGAAUAUUGAGAAAAACAUGGGUCUCUUAUACUCAGAUCAAGCCUUGUAUACUGAUCACAGAACUUCUGAAUACAUUGCUACUUUAGCAAACGACGAUGGUGGUAGCUUCCCUUACUUGUUCUCAUCAUCCAUGGUUAAGCUCGGAAACAUCUUAGGCGACGCACAAGAUGAUGGUGAAGGUGAAGUUCGACAGCAUUGUAGCCGUCUUAACUCCGGUUAUUAAUCCCUUAUUAAUCAAAAUGUAUUACUGCUAAUUUCUUUUGCUUCUUUCUUUCAUUCACUACUUCCCAUUUUGAUUUUUUGGAGAAGAGUGCUCAAAAGUUUCACAUAAUGAAUCCUUGUGUUCACCUCUAUAAUUGAUCAUAUAUGACCUUUUCAUGCUAAUUUAGCAAUUAUAUUUGAUUUAAUUUCCUAAAAUGCUUCA